UUGAAGGAGUUUGCAAACUUCGACUUCGACGUCUGGCGGAAGAAAUACAUGCGCUGGAUGAACCACAAGAAAUCCCGCGUCAUGGACUUCUUCCGGCGCAUCGACAAAGACCAGGAUGGGAAGAUCACCAGGCAGGAGUUCAUUGACGGCAUCCUGGCCUCUAAAUUCCCCACCACGAAGCUGGAGAUGACCGCAGUGGCCGACAUCUUUGACCGCGACGGCGACGGCUACAUCGAUUACUACGAGUUUGUGGCCGCUCUCCAUCCGAACAAGGACGCCUACC